AUGGCGAUCAUCGAACUAGCCCACGUUCAAUUAAAGGAUGGUCUGACUACAUCCGACCCAGUUCUUCUGAAGAAUUUGAAAGCGGUGAAGAGUGUGAUUGAGAAGCACAGCAAACUGCCGACGCAAUUUUUCGAACAAACCGACGACCCGACCAUGCUGUUUAUGGUUGGAGCAUGGCCGAACAAAGAAACGUCCCAACACGGGUUCAACGGAUCCCCUCACCAAGGCGAGAUUCUGGACUUGGUCAAAGAUCAAAUGGGGAUCGAUUGGGUGCAUUACAUGGACAUCGACCAGAACGCAAUUCCCAUUCACGCGCCACUACUAGCAAUCGUCAAGGGAGAAUUCCCCAAACAUGUCAACCGAGCAAUCGCUGAUCAGGAUUUCAAGACGAUAGCACAGGGCUUGGGCGAGACAAGGUAUGCCGCCGUCUCAGCUUGGAACCUGCGGAAAGACAAGCACGAGCCGGAUGUGAAAGUCCAUUUCUCGGGAUGGGAGUCAUUAGACAAGGCGACUGAGGGCCUAGUUGGUCUCAUUGAAAAUCCACAUGACUUCACCGCGGAGCCAACUCUGGUGAAUAUUUUUGUCACCAAGAAGGUUGAAUUAGACUAA